AGAUUUAGUAGAAAGUUUUCAUAGUCCCAGAGGACAGUCACAGCGAGCAGGAAGAAGAACAGGAGAGACAAAGUUUUAACAAAAGGAUUUUAGACGGCGGGUUAACAAGAGUAAAAGAAGCGGGAAAGAACAGAGACAGAGGACGUCAACAGAAACCAGGCAUGGAGGAGUUAACGAUAUGGGAGCAACAUACAAUAACACUAAACAAAGAUCCCAAAGUGGGGUUUGGAUUUGCCUUAUCGGGAGGCAAGGAGAAGCCUCACCCAGACACCGGGGAUACAGCUGUGGUGGUCUCAGAUGUGUUGCCCAAUGGACCGGCUAUGGGGCGGCUUUUCCACAAAGAUCAAAUAGUCAUGGUGAAUGGGGUGUCCAUGGAGAAUGUCCACUCCAACUACACCAUUCAGACUCUCAAGUCAUGUGGCAAGACUGCUAACAUAACAGUGAAACGCCCCCGAAAGAUCCAAAUCCCAGCAACCACCAGGCCGAGUCGGGCCGCCUCCCACUCCAACCUGCUCGACCAGGACCCUCCUAGAAGAACACGACGCUAUUCUGAUGGUAGCGACAAUCGAGACUUCAACCGGUACCGAGCCCGAAGCGCAUCACCUGACCGUAACGGACACGCACCUCUGAUGUCUUCAGGGUACAAAAGGCUGCCACACAACAACGUCUCAGACAAACCCAUCAGGACUACGCUUAUUAAAAAGAGAAUCACAGAUGAGUAUGGAUUGAAGUUGGGCAGUCAGAUCUUUAUCAAACACAUGACAGAUACUGGCCUGGCUGCAAAGGAAGGAACGCUACAGGAAGGAGACCUUAUUCUCAAGAUUAAUGGUAUGACGACAGAGAAUCUGUCUCUGCUGGAGACCAAACACCUGGUGGAGAAGAGCAGGGGCAAACUGACCAUGACGGUCCUCAGGGAUGACCGCAAGUUUCUGGUCAGCAUCCCAGAGGUGGAGGACAGCGCCCCCAACAGUGACGAUGACAGACGCCGAGGCAGCAGCUCAGAGCUGGAGGACAUUUCAGACAUUGAUGACGACAUGCCCCCUCACAGAGUGCCACGUCAACCCACCCGAGAAAAACGUACACGCAGAACAAGAGCUGAACCUCCGCCAUCCAAGUCUCGGGAUGCUUCACCUGUGCGAUCCACAUUGAGUCGACCUCCAGCCAGAGCUGCUUACGCUCCUCGCAGAGCCCCAUCGGAGUCUGAGUCAGACCGCAGUGCCUCUCCUCCUCCUGCCAGGAGAGAGAGUUCUGACGCAAAGGAUCACUCCAGCAAAUACAAAAGCCUGUCUGGGAUGUCCACCCUGCCCAACCCCAAAUCCUCUCCCGUACCCCACAACUGGACCACCCCCCGCCCAUCUUCAUCAGCAUCACGGCCUCGUAGACCAGUGUCUGAGUCAGACUCAGACCGCAGUGCCUCCCCUCCACCACACAGGGACAGCCCCCGCCCAGACAGCAGAUACAAGGUUCUUCCUGAUCUGCCCCAGGCAGGGAUGAGAGCGUCUCCUAUUCCCAUUAGAAAUGAGCCACUAAGGAGGGUCAACUCCCCUGUCAGAGUUCCUCCCCCUGACUCUGAAUCUGAGUCCGACGGCAGCUCGGGGCCUCCUCCGAGGCAGAGCACCUCACACAGUCAGGACUCGUACAGCAGAUACAGAGUCCUUCCUGAUGUUUCCCUGCAGCCCCAGGUGGAGCCUCCACGAUGGAGCAACCCACCCAGCAUCACUGCCAGCAAUCCACUGGUGAAAGCUCCCUCAGGGUCUGAAUCGGAGGCCAGUUAUGCAUCGGUUCCUCGCCGAGACUCUACAGACAGCACAAACUCCAACAAGCCCAACAAUCGCAUCAGAGUUCUUCCCGAGUUGAAGUCCACUUCAGUCGCUGUUAGGCAGGAGCCUCCUCCACGAGCCCCCUCACCUGUCAGACCCCCACCCGACGAUUCCUCAGAGUCAGAUCAGCUUUCACACCUCAGGCGGUCCGGGAGCUCAGAGCGGGAGGACACCCACCGCAGGGCUCCCCGUGCUGCCAAUGGAACCGGCACCCUGAGGUCUGGGAUUUCAGUGAAGAGCAACCCACCACUCUAUUCUAAGCCUGCAGAGGAGCCCAUCUACUCACUACCUCCAGACUCUUACCCAACAUCUAAUCCAGGGUACAGCUCCGAUCUACACACGGUGUCAUUUUUGAAGGAGGGCAGCGUUGGUCUGAGGCUCGUCGGAGGUAACGAUGUCGGUAUCUUUGUGGGUGGAGUUCAGCCAAACAGUCCUGCGUACGAAAAGGGUAUGAAAGAAGGCGACCAGAUCAUGCAGGUGAAUAAAGUUGAUUUUGGCCAUUUCACUCGAGAAGAAGCAGCCAACUUUUUGCUCAACAUCAAGAGCGGAGAAAAAGUAGAAAUCUGCACUCAGAAGAAAAUGGACCUUUAUAAAAAGAUCAUCAAGUCCAACCUGGGAGACAACUUCUACAUCCGCACACACUUCGACCAUGAGGCAGAAGGGCCUGUAGGUCUGAGCUUCACCAGAGGGGAGGUGUUCAGGGUCGUGGACACUAUGCACCGUGGGAAGUUGGGGAACUGGUUGGCCAUUCGCAUGGGGAACGACCUGCACGAGCUGGAUAAAGGCACCAUCCCCAACCAGGCCAGGGCGGAGAAGCUGGCCAGCAUAGAGCAAGCGCAGCGGGCGAGUGGAGAGAGGCCGGUGUCUGGGCCGAGAGCCGAGUUCUGGAAACUACGGGGGCUCAGAGGGAACAAAAAGAACGAAAAGAACACCCGGCGGACUCGUGAUGACCUUCUGCAGCUUACUAUUCAGGGCAAAUUCCCAGCAUAUGAGCGAGUUCUGCUCAGAGAAGCUAAUUUCAAGCGACCUAUUGUCAUUCUGGGUCCUCUUAAUGAUAUCGCCAUGCAGAAACUGGCCAAAGAGAUGCCUGAUGAAUAUGAAGUGGCAGAGAUGGUCCCUCGUGGCGGAGGAGGAGACAGCGGCUCUACAGUGAUUAAACUGGACACAGUGAGGAGAAUAGCAGAGAAGGACAAGCACCCUCUGCUGGACAUCACCCCCACUGCAGUAGAAAGGCUGAAUUACAUCCAAUACCACCCAAUGGUGCUGUUCUUAGACCCUCACAGCCGCAAAGACGUCAAAGCCAUGAGGCAGAGAUACGACCCCAACUCCAACAAGAGCUCCAGACGCCUUUACUCACAAGCCCUCAAGCUGAGGAAGCACUGCAGCCACCUUUUCUCAGCUCGUGUUGACCUGCAGCCCAGCUCCAAUGUUUGGUACCAGGUCCUAAAGGAUAAGAUCCGCCACCAGCAGUCAAAACCCGUCUGGGUGUCUGAGGUCACGUUGGAGAGCGGUGCAGAGCAGGACCUGGAAGCUCUGGACCAGACCCAGUCGGACUACCUCAGCGCUGCCAGUGACCUGGAGGACACUGACGGAGAGGCUUUCACUGACGAUGCCUACACCGAUAACGAGGACCUAGAGGAGGAGUUCCCAGGUCAGGACACGUCCACAGUCCCACGAGGAUCUCGAGUGGCUGGAGCCGCCUUAGCCCGGUCAUCCGAACCGGCCUUCAUACACCACAGCCCCGACUUGGACCCUGACCCUCGGUCUGACGAGUACUCGACCGGAGAGAUCCCACCUCUGAUGCACGUACCGGAGCCCAGGUCUCUGCGCCGGGACGCGUAUAGCCCACCUCACAGCCCUGCCGAGGACGAGGACCCCACUCAUCGCAGUUUCACAGACUCAGAUUUCAGCGCGCUUGACGUAGCCGCUUCCAACACUCCAUCAGACGGACCCCCAGAUUUUAUAGCCCCAGACCCCAGAAGAUACUCCUUGAACGAUCCGUCACCUGCCGAAGCAGAAGCCGAGAGUCCGCAACAAGCCAGCCUGUCGGCCAUCGAAGAGAAGUUAGAUCAGGCUCGCUUGGCAGAACCGCAGGCCCAACCUGAGGAGGGGAGGAAGAAGUCCCCUCAGUUCAUCGUGCUGGCACAUCAUCACAAGGCGGUCCAGUACAGACGCACACAGAUCCGAGGCAGCGACAGCUCAGACGACGAAGACGUGGAUGAGACGGAGGACAUUGAAUGGGGUCCGGCUACAGAACUUUAGAGUCUGGGGUCUCCACACUGAAAAGACAUUACACCUGUUUCACUCCCUGACCCGUGUCGACGGUUUAUGUGACAUUAGAGUCCUUCAACUUAAACAAAACCAAAACAUACAUCUAACUUCACAGAUGAAUGUUGAAAGUGCCUGAUUUCUUUUCACAUUUUUUAAUUUAAAUAAGGUCAUGUAAAAGAAAUGCUACUGGUUUGCUGUGUAAUUGCUACUGUUGUAGCAUAUUCACAGAUGUUUAGUGUUAUUAGAAAUCAUAGUCAUUUGUACUGCCAUCACCUGAACUCACUCCUCUUCGAAGUAUGUGAGGACAUGUAUGAAAUGUUUGGAUUUUCUCUUUAAACUUUUUACAAUAAACCUGUGUUUGUUGGUUUUAA